ACAAAAGAGAUUGCAUCAAAAUACAGUUUUGGGCUGGGGCUAUUGGGUUUGGUCAGAUGAACAGGUGAUUCAUAGCUUCUCCAUCCCAAAAGAAGAGAACAAUCAGAAUCUUCCAAAUUUAAUUCAAAAGGAACAAAGAUGAUGAAAACAAGAAAACCCAGAUCUACUUCACCAUCUUCUCCCUUAUUUUCUCACUCCCCAAACGCCUCCUCAACCCAGACCAAUUCCCUCUUUUCUCGCAUGGCGCGAAAAUCUUCGCUCUUCAAACAAACCCUAAUUGCUACCCUUUUCUUCAUUCUUGCCAUCUACGCCUUCUUCGUCACCUUCUUCCACACCCCAUUCACCGCUUCCGACCCUUCUUCUACUGAUGAGGAGCUCGAAUUGUCUUCCCGGGAAAAUCUCGACUUUCCCGGGAAAGAAAUUGACCCAUCUGGGUUUGGGGGAAAAGUUAAGGUCUUUAUGUACGAUCUACCCCACAAGUUCACUUACGGCAUUAUCCAGCAGCACGGGCUGGCUCGUGGAGGAUCGGCUGUUGCCGAUGUGACCACGCUUCAAUACCCCGGUCACCAGCACAUGCACGAAUGGUUCCUUUUCUCUGACCUGGCUCGACCCGAAUCGGAGCGCGUUGGAUCCCACAUCACCAAGGUGAACGACCCGGAGGAGGCGGACCUUUUCUUCGUACCGGUAUUCUCCUCCUUGAGCCUGAUUGUGAAUGCGGGUCGUCCCCCUGGGUCGGGAUCCGGGUACAACGAUGAGGGGAUGCAGGAGGCGCUGGUGGAGUGGCUGGAGGGGCAGGAGUACUGGCGGAGGAACAACGGAUGGGAUCACGUGAUCAUCGCCGGUGACCCUAACGCGCUGUACCGGGUCGUGGAUCGGGUAAAGAAUGCGGUUCUGUUGGUCUCAGAUUUUGGGAGGCUGAGGCCGGACCAGGGGUCACUGGUUAAGGACGUGAUAAUACCAUAUUCACACAGGAUCAGUGCCUAUACUGGGGAUUUUGGCGUGGAGGAGAGGAAGACACUACUGUUCUUCAUGGGAAACCGGUACCGGAAAGAGGGAGGCAAAAUUCGUGAUCUGCUAUUCCAAAUACUUGAAACUGAAGAGGAUGUUGUAAUAAAACAUGGAACACAGUCAAGAGAGAACCGAAGAGCGGCUUCAAGGGGAAUGCAUACAUCUAAAUUCUGCUUGAAUCCUGCUGGUGAUACACCAUCAGCUUGUAGACUGUUUGAUGCUAUAGUUAGCUUGUGCGUCCCAGUGAUAGUCAGUGAUAGUAUUGAGUUGCCUUUUGAGGAUGCAAUAGACUAUAGAAAGUUCUCAGUGUUUGUAGAAACUGCAGCUGCACUUAAGCCUGGAUAUCUUGUUUCCUUGCUGAGAAAAGUACCAACAGAGAGGAUUAUUGAGUAUCAGAAAGCAAUGAAAGAGGUUAGGCGAUAUUAUGAUUACACUGAUCCAAAUGGAGCAGUGAAUGAAAUCUGGCGGCAAGUCUCCCAAAAGCUACCACUUAUUAAGCUUAUGAUAAAUCGCGAUAGACGGCUUGUGAAGAAGGACUCAAGUGAACCCACUUGCUCUUGCCUAUGUUCCAACCAGACUGGGAUUAUCAGUUCCUUGUGAUGCCUACUCUUUUAAUGGAUCUGUUACUCUAUAUCUGCGAGGUGUAACUGUUUAAGGCAGGAGAGAGUCUACUGAUCCCGGGCAGAUAAUUUAUGCAGAAACUCUCAAUUUCUUAAAAAGAUGAAUACAGUCGUAUAUCCUUUGGAUUAGUUUUUUGGUCUCAACCUGGAUUUGGCGGAAUUUUGGCUAUUACAGAAGGUUUUCUCACACAUGUUGUACGGUAGUUGAGUACUUUGAACAAUUGUAAUUGAUUUGUACAUUUAUAGAAAAUAAAUUAUUUGCACUCAA